AUGUUUUCUGGAUAUCGAUUGAUCUUAGUGAAACGAGUUCUUUAUUGGUCUAAUCGAUUGUUACGACAAGCAAUUGAUUAUCAGAAAAAUUACUACGAUAUAUUGGGAGUUAGCCAUAACGCCACACAACAAGAAAUCAAGAAUGCCUUCUAUGUGUUGUCCAAGAAAUAUCAUCCGGAUGUCACUGGGAGUGUUCCUGAGAGCAACCUUACGGCACGAUUUAUCGCGAUUAAAGAAGCAUAUGAUGUGCUGAAAGAUGUAGAUAGUCGCAAUGAGUACGAUGCAUAUCGAGCACAGACCAGUUGUGAAUAUGGUCGACAAACUUAUAAGAAACAAAGUACUGGAUAUGGCAGUAGGAGAAGUAAUCGUUAUGCUGGUACCAACUAUUAUCGUAGUAGUUGGCGAUACGAUGAUGCUCAUUUGAAAAAGGUUUUUGAAGAAUUACAACGUCGCGCGGAAGAAUAUGAAAAAGCUCAGAAAGAACGGGAUGAUCAGUUUUGGGAAAAAUUUUACCAGGCUGAACGGGAACGAUAUAAACGGCGUCAGGAAAUGCCGCCGAGGCCUAGCAUUAAACUUGCAGUCGAGAGUUGGCUCAAUGGACCGUUACUUCCAUAUUUACCUUAUUUAAGUGCUGCUCUCAUUAUUUAUAUCAUUGGAUUCUUUGUUUUUUCACUGCAUAGUAUCAUCGUAGGCAGGAUAGCAUCUGGUGAUAUGAAUGAGAAUGAUCGUGUACAAAGAAGGCCUGACGAAACAAAAAUUGGCGAAAGUGAACUAAGAGCUUCGAAGUUGACGGAACUAAAAAGCAAAAAAAUGAGAAUGCUCCAAAUUAGGAAUAAUAUAAUGACUUGGCAAAACGAGCAGUUCUUGGAAGUCUUGCGAUGUCCUGUGUUGGUUGUUGGAGUUGGUGGUAUUGGUUGCGAAUUGUUGAAAAAUUUAGCCUUAACCGGCUUUUCCAAUAUUGAAAUUAUUGACUUGGAUACAAUUGAUGUAAGCAAUUUGAAUCGGCAGUUUUUGUUUCGUCGUGAACACGUUGGUAAACCGAAGGCGGUUAUUGCUGCAGAAGCAGUUCGAGCAAUUGCACCUAACGUAAAAAUUGUGUGCUACCAUGAUUCGGUGCUAAAAGAAGAAUAUGGUGUUGACUUUUUUCAAAAAUUCACAGUGGUUCUUAGUGCGUUGGACAACAUAGCUGCACGUAAUCAUAUCAAUAGACUGUGCUUAGCAGCUCGAGUCCCUUUAAUUGAAAGCGGUUCUUCUGGUUAUUUGGGACAUGCAAGUUUAACAUCUUUAUUUCAUAUAUUCGUACGUCCAAUAAUUCGUGAUUACACUGAAUGUUAUGAAUGUAAUCCAAAGACAGCGCAAAAAACAUAUCCUGGAUGUACAAUUCGUAACACACCAUCGGAACAUAUUCACUGCAUUGUUUGGGCAAAGCACCUUUUUAAUCAACUUUUCGGUGAGCCAGAUGAUGAUGAUGAAGUGUCUCCGGAUUUAACAGAUGAAGAAAAUCUAGAUGGUUCUAGUAUAAAUGAUGAUGGAAGGAAUGGAAGUGCAGUUCCAAAUAUGGAAGAGAACGAUAACGAUGGUCCGUUUAUGCAUGGCGACAAUUGCGAGAUUUUGAAUAGGAUCAAUACACGGAAAUGGGCUGCUGAAAACAGUUACGAUCCAAAAAUUCUUUUCAGAAAAUUCUUUCACAAUGAUAUCAAUUAUCUUUUGAGUAUGACGAAUUUGUGGAAACAAAGAAGAAAGCCGUUUCCAUUGGAUUGGGAUAAUCUUCCGAAUGAAAUUGCAAGUUCAAGUAACAACGAACCAAAUGCGGAACUUUGGACAGUGUUGCAAUGUAAGAAUGAAUUUGAGAAGGCUGUGUCUACAUUGAGUAAACGUAUUAGAGAUGGAUCAGUGUUGUCAUGGGAUAAGGAUGAUGAACCAGCAAUGCGUUUUGUAGCAGCAUGUGCUAAUCUUCGUGCUCAUAUCUUUAGCAUUCCUCUCAGAACGCUUUUUGAUAUAAAAUCGAUGGCGGGCAAUAUAAUACCAGCUAUUGCUACUACUAACGCUAUAGUAGCGGGAAUGAUUGUUACUGAAGCGUUAAAAGUUGUUUUUGGUGCAAAGGAUAAAUUGCGAAAUAUUUUCAUAAAACCGAAGCCAAAUCCUCGUGGCAAAAUUUUAACUGACGAAGUGCCUUGCAAACCUAAUAAACAUUGUUACGUUUGUUCGGAACGACGGGAAAUAACUCUAAAAUUAAAUACUAAGUUGACUACUGUUCAGUCUUUGGAAAACAAAUUUUUAAAAGGAAUUUUGCAUAUGGUGGCACCUGAUGUUAUGAUUUCUCUAACUGGCAAUAUCGUUAUUUCGAGUGAAGAGGGUGAAACCAAAGCUAUCAGUGAACGAAUUCUGGAAAAAGUCGGUGUCAUUCAUGGUUGCAUCUUAGAAUGCGAUGAUUUCUUGCAAAGACUGGAAAUUCGGAUUCGUAUUCAACAUGCUAGUGAGUUGAAGGCUGAUGAAUUUGUGAUAGUAAUGGAUACUGACACUAGUGCAACAAACGGACAGGAGGAUGGAGAUCAAGGGAAUAUGUUAAAGCGGUCAUUGUCCGAAGCAACUGAUGAGUGUUCGCCAACUAAAAUUCGGAAAAAAAACUAG